AAUUACUGAACGAAAAUGUACGAGCAGAACAGCAGCAGCAGCAGCAGCAGCACUGCGACGGCAGCGGCUGAGUCUGCGCUGUGGUCGGUGAGCAGAGAACGGGGUGAACGCUCUCGGCCGAGUGCCGCCCAAAGGUUGCACAAUCUCACCUCUGCCUCAGCCACAACAUCCUCAUCGUCAUCCUCGACAGCCUUGCCCAUGCCGCAGAAUAUCUUCACCAAUCCCUCGAUACAGCCAUCCAGUGUGGUAAAUCUGUCGCACUCCACCGAUGUGGUCAUUGGACCGAUGACCCAGUAUCAGGGACCGGUCUCCAUAUACUACAUGGAUGCCAGCAUGGAGGCGCAUGCCAUGCAAACGGCAGCAGGAAUCAACAGCAGCAGCAGCAGCAACCUGCGUCGUGACAGUUCCCCAUCGAAGCGCCUCACGAGGAACACCAUCCUGCUGAUCACACUCAUCCUGCUCGUUCUGGCCACAGCACUGAUUGUGCUCUAUGUGGAGCUGAAUCGGCCACGCUCGGAGGCGGCCAACAAAGCGAUUUACUUUGGCAACACCUACGACCACGACACGUUUCCGAAUCUAGGAAAUGGUCAUCUAGUCAUCGAUCGCAUACAGUGGGGUGCAUCGACCAAUGUGCGGCCAUUGACAGUGCCACUGCGACGACCCAUACCCUAUGUACUCAUCACACACAUUGGCGUGCAGUCGAUACCCUGCUCCAAUGUCUACAAAUGUUCCAUCAAAAUGCGCACCAUACAAGACGCUGCCGUGGCAGAGAAGAUCCUGCCCGACAUACAGUCUAAUUUUUAUGUCUCUGACGAGGGCAACAUCUAUGUGGGACGUGGCUGGGACUGGGCCAACACGUAUGCCAAUCACACGCUGGCCAUUACCUUUAUGGGUGACUACGGACGGUAUGCGCCGACAGCCAAGCAGCUGGAAGGUGUCCAAUUUCUGCUGGCACAUGCCGUGGCCAAUCAACAGCUGGAAGUGGACUACAAGCUGGUGGCACAAAAUCAAACCAAGUCCAGCAAAAGUCCUGGCAUCAAUGUUUACCGGGAGAUACGCAAAUGGCCGCACUUCUAUGGCUGUGGCAUGGAUGAGACGCCCGCCUGUGGCAGCGAACUGGGCAUGACGCGUGACUCCUGGGAUGCCAAGCAGUAGAUGAUCCACCCAUAGACUUCUUUACCACCUAAGAGCGUAUCCAAAUACAAAUUAUAUUUAAUUAAUAUACUAAAUCAAGCAAA